GCGUAGUGUCGGCACGUCUGCGAGUGAUUUACUUGAUUGUUUACAGGAAUGAACGAUAAAAAUACUACGUUGUAGCAAUACGUGUCACUGGCGAAAAAAUUUGAACAAUCUCACUAUAAGUAUGGGAUGUUGUUACAGCUUUUGUAAAGAGGACAGCGGCCCGCAGAGUGGAGAAGUAAAUGAAAGGACACACUUGUUGGUGGAUCCUGUCAGCAAUAACACAAACAUACCCAGAGUACACAGUGAUGAUUAUGUUAAUCAAUAUGCAAGCUCAGCACCCAAGAAAACAGAUGAACAAAGUGCAUUAAAUAGAAUUUUACAUGAAACAGCGGCUAAUGUGAUAGAUGUUGGAGCAUUAGAUUCACAUAAUUUGGAGCAACAUGAAUAUAUGGAUAGAUCACGUGCAUAUUCUAAACGUAUAGAAGCUGGAGGUAUUAAAGUCCCUGAUAGUACAUCUUGUCUACUGAAAGAUAUUUCUGCUCCAGAGAAAAUAUUAGCAGCAGAACCUCUUGCUUCUGGAGAUCAUGGGCUGAUUACAGAAAUGCUCAAUAAGGCUGUGUCAGCAUUAGGGGAUGUAAAAGUUGAACACAAAGAGGAUUUAGUAGUUCCUUUCUUAUCGUAA